UGUUCCUGACAUCGUACUGCCAGCAAGUCAAUUGGCACCAAUGUCUUGGUAUUGUCUUUGUCGUUGUUCAUAGUUUAUUCUCUGCACAUAUUUGACGACGCGUUUGGGUCUCACUUAUAUAUGUUCAUUCUUCAUCCGGGAGCCACAUAAAAAGUGCAAUAAUAUUCCGUCCCCUUCAUCUACCACCUUCCUCACCGCUGUUACCAUAACCCAGAAUUGACAUGCGUAUUGCUUCUACCAAGUCUCUCGACAAGGAGAACAUCCCCAUCAAUAAUCUUCCACCGUUGUUGAAACAAUCACACGAACAACCUCCCGCACUGGGACUAUUUAAUUCUACUGCACAAUCCAUGAUCGUAGAACAAGACCAAGACGAUAUUAGUUGGGCAACAAUACCUAUGCCCUCCUCGCCCCUUUUUAAUCCAAGGCUCUCAGACAAGAAAUCUUACAACUCAUCAAUAUCAACGCUUGCCAAUUCGUUAAGCGCCCAACCUGGAGUUUCUCUUGCCGAUCUAAAUGAAGCUUAUACCGAGCUUGCUAAUAGGAUCCGCACCGAUGCAGAUGCCAUCAACGACGAAAACCAAGACCAUGUAUCUCUCGUCAUUCUCCGCAAGGCUUCAGCAUCGCUAUCCAAAGCCAUACGAAGAGAUAUCAAGCUCAUAAUGAUUGAAGCGUCUCUGGAAGAUCUUACAGGCUCGAAGACACCAACAAACGAACAAGCCCUGACAGCCUUGGAAGCGCGAUAUUCCCUGACUAACAAUGCCCUGAGACUAUUGUCGGAUAUAGUAUCCAUGAAGCCUCUAUGCAAGCAAUUUACUGAUAAAGAGCUUCGAUCCUUCUUAGGCGACAUAGUAGCGGUGCUUAUGGCGCCAAACAUUCCUUCCCCAGACCCUCAACGUAUUCGCAACUUUAUACUGUGGAUAUUAGGCAAUCAGUGCUUGCCUACCGAUGUGCUGAGUGCAUACUCCCACACAAUGGCAAUAAUUGUUAUGCAGGGACUCGGUAGUGGUCUCGGGAAGAGCGAAUAUCGUACCAAUAGUCUGAAGAUCGUACUCAAACUCGUCACCGACCAGAGGGCCGAAUUCGUGCCUUCGCUACUCCAAUUCUUCUCAGAUCUUCUCCCCUUCCUAAUAUCCCCCACUUUGGAAUACCGUUUGCUCGUUACCCGCAUUAUCAGCCGUCUCGCGGCGACAAAGCUUGAGGAUAGCUCAACGGCCAUGGACGCAUUUCAAUCCGUUGCAGCCAAGAUCCGCGACUUCAUCGCUGAAUUUUCUUCACGAUCAGCACGGCAUUCCGAGUUUGGGGGCAUCAGAGAAGCGCUCAGUCCCGAGCGGGCGGUAGAAACACAGAGUCCCGGGUGGUCGCUGGUAGCUGUUUCCUCGCUCAUCGUAUUAUCUGACUAUGGCGCUUUAACACAUCGGCCUUCAAUCUUUCUAUUCGUGAAGACUCUUUCAGAAGCCGCCUCACAGCAACAGCUGAAACGGCUUCAGCCUAUUGUUUGGAAGUGUCUUGUCUGGGCCUUCUCGUCUGUGCUUGAAAUGAGGACAAAAUCGAAUACUACUCGUGCCGAAGAAACCAUUGAGAGUGCUUUUCUUGUCGUUCAAGAAGAGCUGAAAGGCCAUAUUGGAGAAGUCAUCAUAGCCGCUGUACUUAGCGCUGAAGACGGAUCUGCCGAAGGCGUUUCGCGAGCGCUAUCGGUCCUUGGUAAGAUGGUGUCCAGUGAUCAUGUCUCAACGCGCGCCGAUGGUAUUUUGCUCUUGAGCCAGGCUCUUGGCUCCAUUGGAACGCCAUCUUCACCAGGCAAAGACACUCCGGCCGUCAAAUCCUAUCUGCCCCUAGAGCUGCUCGAUGAUACCUUAUUGAACGCGACAUCAAGGACCAUUUCAUCUGCUGUCGAGGCGAUAAACAAGAAAUCGCCUCAUUUACUCUGGCAACUUUCGGAAGAGGACAUUAUCCGGAAAUGGGACGCCUUGAUCGAUAUCUGGAUAACCGCAUCUACUGCGGUCUUGCGGGACCCCGAUAGUGUACUGCUUAAGAAUCUCAUCGGGGCCUGGCAGUCGUUGCUUUUAGUCCAAACACAGUUAACACAGGGUGGAGUACACCUGACGACAUCGUCCGGUUUCGCAGGUCGGGUAUUCAGCAUCAUGACCGGCUUUCUUUCGAUGUCAGAACCUAAUGGAAGUGUCGAGGCACCUACUCGGUCACUAAGAUUCGUUUCCCAGUUGUGGUCAGUAGCCAAGAAUGUCUUCGCAGAUCGCUGGCUCCAUGGGCUUGCGGAAGAUCUACUGAAGACGACCCUUACGAUACAGUGUCCCGUUGAGACCCCCGAUCUCCACUCAGCAUGGUCAAGCCUUUGCGAGGGCUUGGCGGCUUCUCUAGAUGUUUCUCAUUGCAACGAAUUCGGUAUUCUGGGAGACAUCAUGAGCUCCGAACCGGAUGUUACAAUGCGGCUGUGGCGUGUUCUGGCUCGCAAGUCGAGGGACGUCGAUCUCCUUUCGGAACAGGUUCUUGUUACCUUGUUGAAGAUGUCUUUUGGGAAAUGGCCGACGACAAAUAACGAUCUCGAAAUAUGGCGAGAACUUCUUUCCAGGGCGAUAUCUAAAGCAACUGUUUCAUCGAGCAAAUUAGUAUCCGAUAUUCUCGAGGAUAAGCAUUCUAAGUAAGUGGUGAAAUUGAGCACGCAACUUCCCGGCAAUUACAACAACUCAGUCAAUACAGGUUGAAUAUCGAUCCGAAGCAGUUCUUGACACUUUUCAUUACUGCAGGCACUAUCG